GGGGCGGAGGCGGCGGCCAGGGAGGAAGCGGAGGAGGCGGAGGCGGCCGCGGCGUUCGCCCGCCCGCUCGCUCGCUCGGUUUCCCCGCCCCCGCCGGGCUUAACGCCGCUGAAGGUAGCCGGGUGCGCGCUGUCGCAACCUGCCCUCAUCCUGGCCCGCGACUGUGAGACCGGACCCACAUCCAGACCAAUCUCCCUGUCCGGGCUGCUGCGACGCGGGCUCCGCAGGUUGCAGGCGGGCGGCCGGGGCGCCUGAAGGUUACCGAGUGCAUGAGCGCCUAGCGCCUCCCGCGCUGCCCCGCCCGCUGGCCCGCCGGCCCGCCCGCCGGCUCGCCCGCCAGCCCCUCGGCGCCCGGCGGCGGCGGCGGCGGCGGCGACGGUCGCAGGAGGUGCCGUCUGCUUCCCAGGUGCGCGCUUCGCUCCCGGAGCCGCGGAACUCGGCGGCCGCCAUGGCGUCCAACAUGGACCGGGAGAUGAUCCUGGCGGAUUUUCAGGCAUGUACUGGCAUUGAAAACAUUGAUGAAGCUAUUACAUUGCUUGAACAAAAUAAUUGGGACUUAGUGGCAGCUAUCAAUGGUGUAAUACCCCAGGAAAAUGGCAUUCUACAAAGUGAAUAUGGAGGUGAGACCAUACCAGGACCUGCAUUUAAUCCAGCAAGUCAUCCAGCUUCAGCUCCUACUUCCUCUUCUUCUUCAGCGUUUCGACCUGUAAUGCCAUCCAGGCAGAUUGUAGAAAGGCAACCUCGGAUGCUGGACUUCAGGGUUGAAUACAGAGACAGAAAUGUUGAUGUGGUACUUGAAGACAGCUGUACUGUUGGAGAGAUUAAACAGAUUCUAGAAAAUGAACUUCAGAUACCUGUGUCCAAAAUGCUGUUAAAAGGCUGGAAGACGGGAGAUGUGGAAGACAGUACGGUCCUAAAAUCGCUACACUUGCCAAAAAACAACAGUCUUUAUGUCCUUACACCAGAUUUGCCACCGCCUUCAUCAUCUAGUCAUGCUGGUGCCCUGCAGGAGUCAUUAAAUCAAAACUUCAUGCUGAUCAUCACCCACCGAGAAGUCCAGCGGGAGUACAACCUGAACUUCUCAGGAAGCAGUACUAUUCAAGAGGUAAAGAGAAAUGUGUAUGACCUUACAAGUAUCCCCGUUCGCCACCAAUUAUGGGAGGGCUGGCCAACUUCUGCUACAGACGACUCAAUGUGUCUUGCUGAAUCAGGGCUCUCCUAUCCCUGCCAUCGACUUUCAGUGGGAAGAAGAUCUUCACCUGCACAGACCCGGGAACAGUCGGAAGAACAAAGCACCGAUGUUCAUAUGGUUAGUGAUAGCGAUGGAGAUGACUUUGAAGAUGCUACAGAAUUUGGGGUGGAUGAUGGAGAAGUAUUUGGCAUGGCGUCAUCUGCCUUGAGAAAAUCUCCAAUGAAUGUUAUGUGGUUUGUUUUUUGUGUCUAUUUGUUUUGUUUUUUUGUUUUUGUUUUUUCUUUUGUUUGUUUUUUAGUGCCAGAAAACGCAGAAAAUGAAGGAGAUGCCUUAUUACAAUUUACAGCAGAGUUUUCUUCAAGAUAUGGUGAUUGCCAUCCUGUAUUUUUUAUUGGCUCAUUAGAAGCUGCUUUUCAAGAGGCCUUCUAUGUGAAAGCCCGAGAUAGAAAGCUUCUUGCUAUCUACCUCCACCAUGAUGAAAGUGUGUUAACCAACGUGUUCUGCUCACAAAUGCUUUGUGCUGAAUCCAUUGUUUCUUAUCUGAGUCAAAAUUUUAUAACCUGGGCUUGGGAUCUAACAAAGGACUCCAACAGAGCAAGAUUUCUCACUAUGUGCAAUAGACACUUUGGCAGUGUUGUGGCACAAACCAUUCGGACUCAAAAAACAGAUCAGUUUCCACUUUUCCUGAUUAUUAUGGGAAAGCGAUCAUCUAAUGAAGUGUUGAAUGUGAUACAAGGGAACACAACAGUAGAUGAGUUAAUGAUGAGACUCAUGGCUGCAAUGGAGAUCUUCACAGCCCAACAACAGGAAGAUAUAAAGGACGAGGAUGAACGUGAAGCCAGAGAAAAUGUGAAGAGAGAGCAAGAUGAAGCCUAUCGCCUUUCACUUGAGGCUGACAGAGCAAAGAGGGAAGCUCACGAGAGAGAGAUGGCAGAACAGUUUCGUUUGGAGCAGAUUCGCAAAGAACAAGAAGAGGAACGUGAGGCCAUCCGGCUGUCCUUAGAGCAAGCCCUGCCUCCUGAGCCAAAGGAAGAAAAUGCUGAGCCUGUGAGCAAACUGCGGAUCCGGACCCCCAGUGGCGAGUUCUUGGAGCGGCGUUUCCUGGCCAGCAACAAGCUCCAGAUUGUCUUUGAUUUUGUAGCUUCCAAAGGAUUUCCAUGGGAUGAGUACAAGUUACUGAGCACCUUUCCUAGGAGAGAUGUAACUCAACUGGACCCAAAUAAAUCAUUAUUGGAAGUAAAGUUGUUCCCUCAAGAAACCCUUUUCCUUGAAGCAAAAGAGUAAACACGGCCCAGCGGUGGAACCAGCCAUUCCUUGACAAGCCAGCAGCCUGCGUCAGGAGAAGGGCUCCUCGCCAACCCACCCACACGCUCGUCUCACUCAAUUCAGUGUCACACUUCUGCCUCUUGCAAAAUUGCUGGAAAAAGUAAUAAUAAAUAUAGCUACUUAAGAUUUCCCA